AUGCCUAGAGACAAAUCAUCGUGGCAGCCGCUGCACAAGCGUCAGAGACCGACAAAGCAGAACAAAGGUCCCAUUCCCCUACCAACUGAGAAGGGCUAUCAACAAGACAAUGCUAUUCCAAUUACUUUGCAGCAGUCUCUGCUGAAUGUCUUCCGCGAUGCUUGUAAUAAGGGUUCACCCGCUGAGAUUGAGGACAUCUUACAGGAAGUGAAGGGCCAUCUUUUCAACCGCGACUUUGCGACCGCUUUUGGAAAGGAAGAGUACCUCGAGGCAUAUGCUGCCAGAUGGAGUCCCAGCAGAGCUCUGGGUUAUGCUCAGAUCUUCUCCGACCUUUCUCCUGAAAUCUCUGAUCUACUCGAAAAUAAAUCAACAGAGUCUCAAUCAACAGACAACGAGUCUGCGACUUUAUCCGAUCAACUUGAAAGUCAAUUGACAUUGCAGUCGCAAACAGCCUCGGACAAACCUCUGAACAUUCUUUGCCUGGGUGGUGGAGCGGGUGCUGAGGUUGUUGGUCUUGCUGGAUGGCUCAGACAUUUGAGAGACAACGCAUCGUCUCCCGAUGAAGACGCGCCCCAGCCUAACAUCUCGAAACUCGAUAUCUUCGGUAUUGACGUAGCCACUUGGGACAAAGUCAUGCAGGAUCUUCACCAAGGCAUCAUUACUCCUCCGUUCCUGUCAAAGUACGCUUCCGCAGCCGCAAAGGCUGCCAACAAGGCUGUGUUACCCUCCGAAGUCUUCAAUGUACGCUUCGAGCAGAAAGAUCUCCUGGACAUGGAUGCCGCUGGAGUUGAGGAGAUGCUAGUCAACAGCGAUAUCGUCACCAUCAUGUUUACCCUCAACGAGCUGUACAGCACUUCAGUAGCAAAGACUCAGAGACUGUUGUACGCUUUGACAGCAUCCAUGCGCCCUGGAUCACUAUUGCUUGUGGUCGACAGCCCUGGAAGCUACUCUACAGUGACACUCAACGGUGCCUCGCAGAAGUACCCUAUGCAGUGGUUGCUCGACCACACUUUGUUGUCGCCUAAGAAAGACGCCGAGAAGGGCACACCUCCACAAUGGAAGAAGCUUGUGUCUGAUGAAUCUAGAUGGUUCAGAUUGCCCGAAGAUGAUCUCAAGUACCCUAUCGAGCUUGAGAACAUGCGCUACCAGAUCCAUCUCUACCGCAGACACGACGGCAAGGAGGAAAAGGUAGAAGAACAGCAGGAGUAG